AGAGAGAGAGAGAGAGAGAGAGAGAGAGAGAGAGAGACUUGAGAAAUCCAGGUGUUGGAAUGCAUUUGUAAGCACUGUCAUCUAAAUAUUUGUUUAUAGCCUGAACAAGACCAUCUGCAACUGUAUUAAUAUACAUUAUUUGUUUAAUGUCAUAUCACCCUUAUUUCACCUUUAUUUCACCUUAAUUUCACCUUUAUUUAACCUAUAUUUAACCAGGUUGGCCAGUUGAGAACAAGUUCUCAUUUACAACUGCGACCUGGCCAAGAUAAAUCAAAGCAGUGUGAUACAAACAGCAACUCAGAGUUACACAUUGGAUAAACAAACAUACAGUCAAUAACGCAAUAUAAUUUUUUUAUAUACAGUGUGUGCAAAUGAGGUAAGGAGGUAAGGAAAUAACUCGGCCAAUAGUGUAAUUACAAUUUAGCAAUUUACACUGGAGUGAUAUGCUUUCAUUCUAAAAUACUAACUGACUUGGAGGGGAGAUGCUAGUCUAUCAUGCUAACAGUCUAACUGACUUAGAGGAGAGAUGCUAGGCUAUCAUGCUAACAGUCUAACUGACUUAGAGGGGAGAUGCUAGGCUAUCAUGCUAACAGUCUAACUGACUUAGAGGAGAGAUGCUAGGCUAUCAUGCUAACAGUCUAACUGACUUAGAGGAGAGAUGCUAGGCUAUCAUGCUAACAGUCUAACUGACUUAGAGGGGAGAUGCUAGGCUAUCAUGCCAACAGUCUAACUGACUUGUUUAUUUCUGUCUGCAGGUGAAGCAACCAACCCAAACACACACACAUAGUGUCAGCAUCUCUGGGAGUGUGUGUGUGUGUGCAUCUGAGAUCGGGAUGCCUUGGAGGGGGCUUGCCUGGUGGACCCCCCACUGACCUCCCCAGAAAACGCCCACUACCCCACCCCCAACCGUUACCCUUCUACCUCCACCCCGGCCUCAGCAUGGCUGGUCUAGUGCUGAAUGAGACAGGCAUGGAGGACUGUGGGAUAGAUGACAGCUUUAAGUAUGACCUGUACAGCGUGGUCUACAGCGUGGUGUUUGUCCUGGGGCUCUGCACCAACUGUGCUGCUCUCUUUGUGUUCUGCUUCCGGAUGAAGCUACGCAACGAGACAACGCUGUUCAUGACUAACCUGGCGUUGUCAGACCUUGUGUUUGUGUUCACACUGCCCUUCAAGGUCUACUACAACGUCAACCGACACUGGCCCUUUGGAGAUGAACUUUGCAAGGUAUCAGGAACAGCGUUCAUCACCAACAUCUACGGUUCCAUGUUGUUCCUCACCUGCAUCAGCGUGGACCGCUUUCUGGCCAUCGUCUACCCCUUCCGCUCACGCUCAGUCCGCACGAGGAGGAACGCAGGCCUGGUGUGUGCUGCGGUCUGGCUCACCAUCGUGGGUGGAGGGAUAUCGGUCACCUUCUUUUCCACGAUCAACCAGGCGAACCGCGCCACGGCCUGCUUCGAGGGAUUCUCCAAGAGCACCUGGAAGACAUACCUGUCUAAGAUCACUAUCUUUAUAGAGAUCGUAGGUUUUCUCCUCCCACUCCUAACCAACCUGGUGUGUUCCUCUCUGGUGCUGAGAACCCUCCGUCGCCCAGGGACCAUCGGCCACGGCUGCAACAGCAAGCGCCGGGUGCUCCGUAUGAUCCUCGUCCACUUGGCCAUCUUCAUCAUCUGCUUCGUCCCCUACAACUCCAUCCUCUUCCUAUAUGCCAUGGUGCGGACCCAGGCUCUGGCCAACUGUAACCUUGAGAGGUUUGUCCGGACGCUGUACCCCAUCACCCUGUGUCUGGCCACCCUCAACUGCUGCCUAGACCCAGUGGUGUACUACUUUACAUCUGAGUCCUUCCAGAAGAGUCUCACCACAGGGGGGAAGGGAGGGGUCCGGGCUGAGAGCAUCCCCCGCAGCGACACACACCUGAGUAGUGAGGCAGAGACGCAGCAGGACACAGGGACAAUGACCAGGGAUGGGAGACCGUGGAGAGACACACGGGACUGGACAGUCACCAGGAGAGACUCACAAGAAGCAUCACUCACUAGAAACACCCAGGACGCAUAUGCUCUCGCCAGCAAUGGGAAAGAUACGGGAGUGAAUGAGACUCAGUUCUGACACUACGGGUGAGAGAGAAAUAAAAAGAGAGAGAGAGAUGGAGAAAGAGAGCGAGGGGACAGUUCAGGAUGGAGAAAUCAGGUUUCUGAGUUUAAGCCCUAGUUCAAAGCCACUGUAUCCCCGCUCCAAACAAAAAAAUAUGUCACUUUCUCUUUGGAAGAGCAGGGAUUGAAUGCCGUCUGAAACAAUGCAGUGUGCCCCGUCAAAAAGUCUGAUGAUAGUUCGGGAGUCUCUGCCGCUCUUUUGGCAUAGUGCAGGUGAAGCCUUCCUGCAGCUCGCCUGAGCAGUUCUUCCACUGUCAGGAGAAAUGGUAAUGCAUAUCAAUAUAUGUUAAUUGCAUGCAAAUAAAGGUUGCUUUGCUACCACACCCACAACAGAAAGACAAUCAUGGUCUCAGAUUCGCAGGUAGAGGACUUCUGUGAGAUGUUGCUGUUAUGUCUGAAUUCAACACUUUACCAAUGAUGAAGUCUGUUACAGUGUUGAGAUUGGUUGACUGGGUGAAUAGGGUCAAUAUCAGGGGAUAUCUUUAUCUUUGUAUUUCCGGAUAGCUGACUGGCUCGAUUAGGUCAUAUGUAGCAACAUU